GACUCUUGCUACCUCCCCCUCACUAUACUGAUCCUUUACUUGCUGGGUUUACAAAAGAAUAGCUUUCCCCUCCCAAAGCUAUAAAAAAAGUGUUCUCAGCCUCUCUUCUGGCUUUUAGUAGAACGUGGCUGCUUGGAUCUGCAUUGCUCCUCAGCUGACAAGUCUCCUAGGUGGGUUGUUGCAUUAUGGCUCAUGCCAGGGGAGCCCUUGCCUGGCUGGUUCUGGUGGCCUUGGGGUUACUGGACAGCAGAUGCCAAGCAGAACGGGACUGCCGCGUGAGCAGCUUCAAAGUCCAGCCGAAUUUUGACAAACACCAGUAUGCUGGUACGUGGUAUGCCAUGGCCAAAAAAGAUCCUGAAGGAUUGUUUCUUCAAGACAACAUAGUAGCCCAGUUUUUUGUUAAUGAACAGGAAAAGAUGCAGGCAAGGGCUGUGGGCAGAGUACGGCUCUUUGGUCACUGGGAUCUAUGUGCCGACAUGGCUGGCUCUUUCAAUGAGACCGAGGAUUCUGCCAAGUUCAAGAUGAGAUAUUGGGGAAUGGCAGCCUAUCUCGAGAGAGGAAAUGAUGACCACUGGAUAGUUGCCACAGAUUAUCAUACCUACGCUCUGCACUACAGCUGCCGCAUACUCAACGACGAUGACACUUGUGCCGAUAGCUACUCUUUUGUCUUCUCUCGGGACCCAAAUGGGCUACCUCCAGAAGCCCAAAGGAUUGUCAGACAGAAGCAGAAGGAGCUCUGCUUAGAAAGGCAAUACAGGGUUAUUGUUCAUAAUGGAUUCUGUGACAGCGCAAUAUAUGGAACAACCUAAUCUGUGGAAACUAUUUUGUAGUAGUAGACAACUAUACUGUUUUGUUGGAAGUCCUUCAUUUAGCUCUGAGUAUAUUUAUCUAAACUGUACUUUUUACCCUGCCUAGAAGAGAAACUUAAUAAACAGAAAUUAGCCUCGCUGCAUAUUGCUUGUACCCCAAAUAUAUCAUAUAUAAUUAUA